AUGGCUCCCUGUAAUAAUUUGACCUCCAGCAGGACUUUAGAUGACGCUGCAUCUGAGUUUCGAAAACUGCUGAACUACGUCCGAAGCCGCUGGCCGAGGGUUAUUGUCAUGGAUUUUCCACCUUGUCUUGCUGGUAAGGUGGAGCUCCAAACCCUCCUGAGACAAGAGUACCACCGUGUCGCAGCUUCUGUUGGAAUUCCCUACUUCCAUGCUGCUGGGUAUUUCCCGUUCACUCGUCCUGAGUUGUGGAGCUGGGACGGGAUACACCUGAGUGACAGCGAUGGGAUGGCUGUCCUCGUUCAGCUGUUGUGGCAGGCUUGCUACUAUCAGCUGGAGAAGCUGGAGAUGGAGGCGUCUACUCCCACCACCCCAGUGCCUCCUCCCCCUUCUCGCCGUGCCACCAGAAGGGUUUCGCCAAGAGUGGUGUGUACCGGAUCGCUCCCCGUGCCACGUCCACCCCCUUCUGAGUGGACAGAUGUUGAACAGGGCAGAAAGAAGAACCAGUCUCGGGGCCCCAAGAGCUCACUUGUGGGACCCCAUGGAAAAGUGGUUCAACCGGAGGUGGAGAACGUCUUCUCCAUCCCACUCUCGCCUGUUCUGUUCAGCCCCGCCAUGUUGGUUGAGAUGGACAAGAUUUCUCCAUCUCACCUUGGCUCAGUUUUGAGCACUGCUACCUUUCCUACAGGAAAGAAGAUGUCUCCGCCGAGACGUCAGAAAGCUGUUGCCCGGAGGACGUGCCAGUCUGCUGGUCCCUCCAAGUCCCCGUCUGGGAUGCAGGAGCACAAGCCGGUUGUGGAGGUGAUGUGCCGCCGCUCACCUCCCAGCUCCUCUCCUGGGAUGGAGGUGGGAACCUUCUCACCUUCCAGUGUUGCAAUGGAGGAGGACCAGGCGGUUGUACCGGUGAGCUCCUCUGUUGCAGUGGCAGUGAGACACCACUCACCUGCCACUUCCUCCACCCAGAUGGCAAUGAGACGCCACUCAUCUGCCAGCUCCACAUCUGGGAUGGAGGAUGUCUCGCAAGAGACUGUCAUUAAACCUGCUGCCUCUAGAAGACUUCACUCCAAAUGUCAGAUGAAGGCAGCUGUGCUGGAGGUGAGACCCGGCUCAUCAUCCAGUUCCAUGUCUGAGAUGGAGGAGAAACAGGUGGAGCCAGGAGUUGUGGAGGUGGCACCAGGAACGUCGCCUACCAGUGUUGUGGUGCUGGAUGAGGUUCAGUUUGGUGAUGUGAGGGUGACUCCUGACAGAUGUGUUGUCUUCAUGGAUCAGAUCCAGGAGUCCAGCUGUCAUGUGUCUACCCAGCCUUCUCAUCACACCAUCCCACCAGUUGUCCAUAAGGAGAGUGCUUCUGACAGAGGACACAAAGCUAAGUCUUGCAUUUGUUGUGCCCACCAGAAUGUUUGUGAUGUUAGUGAUGGGGAAAGUGAGAUGACUUUUGGUAGCUCUGAUGAGGAAAUGGAAGUUGGUAGCUAUAGUGGUAGCCGUUUAGUUGAUAUUCCUAGUUGUGUGAGGGGGUCUUUUCAUCAGGGUGCAGAUUGUUUUAAGUACAGAGGUGUACAGUGUAUGGUAAUGGCUCUGGUGGCAUUGGCUAAGCACUCAGUGUUGAAUGUGUGUUUGUGGAAACAGGCUGAUUUGGACUGGGUGUUGUAUCUUGGUGAUGCGCUGUACACUGAGCGUAGGGAUAAGAAUUUGACUGGAGGACAUGACCUCCUACUGGUUACUGACUUACCACAAAAGGCAGAAAUAGAUGGUCACCCAUUUGAAUUUGUUUUUGGUUGGACAUUUAAUGGGGCUGUAAAUGUAGUUGCACAUGAAUUUCUUACUGCAGGUGCGUGGGUGACUUUAGAGGAUGGUUUAGAUCGUAUUUUGGCACAGUACGACACGUCUUUUAACGCUGUGUGCCAAUACUUGUGCAGUUAUUAAAGUAAAUGAGUGCUAUGCUGUAGUAGAUUCACAUUCACGUAGUGCCACAGGGAUGGUAGAUCCUGAUGGUAAAAGUGUAGUUUUGUACUUCAGUAAUAUUAGUGAUCU